AUGGCCAACUCAUCUGGUCCUACACCGAGACAAGAUUCUCCACAUACUGACUAUCCCGUUUCAAUCGGUCGGAAGUUUGAUCCUGAUGGGAAUGUACUGCCUUUUCCCGGGAACACGAUCAUCUGUCAUCUCUCCCCAGAUCACGCUUUGUUCCGUGCAAUGCUCGGUCUAUAUGAUGCACUUGGACACCACAAGCUUGCGUCACUAUACACCUUGUUACCGCCCGAAAGCUGGCACAUGACUGUCUUUGAAGGCGUUACUGAUCAGACUCGGGAGCCCCAUGUCUGGCCGGCGGAUUUGCCUCUCGAUGCCCCUCUGAGCCGGUGCACGGAUCUCUUCAAAAAGAAGCUCGAAAACUUUGGUAUCGAGGGCGAGCCACCGUUUCAAAUGACUAUUGUUGGCUACGAUCCAUUGAUAGAUGGCAUUGCCCUGAGAGCCGUUCCAGCGACUUCCGCCGACGAAACCAGACUCCGCGGUCUCCGACAUCGCCUCUCUGAGGUCCUGCAGCUGCACCAUCCUGCUCACGACAGAUAUUCUUUUCACAUCAGUCUCGCAUACAUUCUCCGCCGUCUGGAAAACCAGCAACAUCAGGAGCUUUCAGAUUUUCUGGAAGAGUAUCGGCCCAAACUCCCUCCUCAUUUCGAAAUGGGGAUUCCGGAAUUCUGCACCUUUGAGGAUAUGUUUGCUUUCAAUCGGCAAUUUUUUCUGGGACUAGCUCCUGAAAAGACUUGA